UUGCUUGAUGAUUUGAAGCUGCCACCUCCCCUUUCUUUAUUUUACCCUACCUAUAUGAUGGCAGCCAGGUUUGAAGCUGCUUUUCUUGAUUGAUUGAUCUAUUUUAUCUUGCCUAUAUGAGUUGUUUGAUGCAUAUAGUUGCUUGCUUGUUGGUGAUAUAUUCUAUUGAUGCCUACAUGGUCAUAUCUGAAUUGUGGUAAGGAAUGUUGGAUUGAUUGCUAAGUUUUCAGAUCUGAAUUGCUUUACUACCUAUCUGGAUACGUUCAUCCUAUUGCUUGCUAGCUACGCUAUUUGAUUGUCAUGGCUGGGAUUGUGCCUGUUACUACUUCUACUAUUUCUUCUACUAUUGCUUCUUCUGCAUUGGAUAAUAUCAAUGUCCAGAUCACCUCUAUCAAGCUCAAAGGGAGCUCGAACUAUCUUCUUUGGGCUCAGUCUGUUAAGGUGUAUUUGUUAGCUAAAGGCAAACUGAGCUAUACCACUUCUGAGGCUUCUUUGCCUGAUGAUGCUAAGUAUGGCAAUUGGAUGGAAGAGAAUGCCUUAAUUUUGAUCUGGUUGUGGAACAAUAUGGAACCAGAUGUUGCUGCCAAUUUUAUGUUCCAUUCUACAGCCAAGGGUAUGGGAUGAUCUGAAAGAAACAUACUCCCAAGAGAAGAACAUGACACAGAUCUAUAACAUAUAUGAGAAGCUUUUUCAGUUUCGUCAAUCUGACAAAUCCCUCUCUGAGUAUUACAGUGCCUUUAAGGGGAUGAUGGAAGCUUAAUGUCUUCCAACCCCUGACUACUGAUAUUGAGAAGUUGAAGGCUCCGUGGAAUGAGUUCUUUGUUUCCAAAUUUUUGGCUAGACUGAAUAGUGAUCUGAAGGCAGUAAAGGGCCAUCUACUUGCUGAUGAUACGGUCCCUACUUUGAAUGAUGCUUUCUCAUGUCUACAGCAUAUCACCUCCUCAUCCAAAUCUGAUCAGCCUUCCAGAGAUAAUUCUACACUAUUUGCUAACCGUGGCCGUGGGCGCGGUUGCGGAGGAUGUGGUCCUAUGGGUCGAGGUUUUAGUGGACAGUCCUCGGAUCGCACUGAUUGCCGGUGUACUUACUAUGGGAAACCUAAACACACUGUAGAGACGUGCUGGGCCAAGCAUGGCAAGCCAAAAUUGACAACUCAGUUAGCUAAUCAUACAGUGUCUGAUGAUGGUACCGAUACUGUAUCCCCUGCGACUACUACUCCUACACCUGCUUCAGGAGAUUCUUCUACUAGUAUGCGCGAUGACAUCAACCAGUUACUCCGGCGCUUGCACUCUCUUGAGGCUUCUUCUAAUACAUCCAUGGUGCCUCCACUUCCACUGCUACCCUUGCGCAUACAGGAUCUUCACUCGAGGAAGACAAUUGAUGGAGGGUGUGAAAAGGAUGGAUUGUAUUACCUCAACAGUGGUUGUCUUCCCACUUCUGUUGCUGCUACUGCUGUUGGGGAUGUCUCUCCAUUCCAAUGGCACUGCUGUCUAGGACACUUGGCCUUACCUAGACUACAGCUUUUGUUUCCCAGUUUUCUACAUAUUUCUACAUUAGAGUGUGAGGCUUGUGAGUUGGGUAAACACCAUCAGGUGUCUUUUCCAUAUCGAUCAGUGUCUCAUAGUCCGUCGUUUUCUUUAGUUCAUUCUGAUAUAUGGGGUCCUUGCAGAGUUAGUAAUAGGUUUGGUUUUCGCUAUUUUGUUACAUUUGUAGAUGAUCAUUCUUGCCUCACAUGACUUUACAUGUUAAAGGACAGAUCUGAUUUUCUAUCUGUGUUCAAAAAAUUCUAUAAUGAAAUAAAAACUCAGUUUGGUAUUUC